GUGUGAUCGCAGUCGCUGUUUCGCGCGCUAGAUGCGAGUUUACCUUUUGCUACCGCGAAAUGUGAACAUACAAUUAUUUUCGACGGCAAAAUGAUGAACAAACGAAAAUUUGUGCCAAGUAAACAUUUCGCUAUAAUGCGGUUUGGAAACAGUGAAGUUUUGUUGUGAAUGCAAAUUAUAUGGUGUUGGCUCAAAAAAAAAGUGUGAUUUUGUUUAUGGGUUGAGUCAAUAAAUUGUUGGGUAAUUUGGUCAAACCUUGUGGGUGAUAAAUGGUUGGUGGUUGUUGUGGGGAAAAUGGCUUACGUCAUUUGGAGGGUUGUUAUGAAAAAGUAUUCGAGGAUCAGGCUGGGAUUAAACGGUUCAGCGGUGACUCCAACAGGACGUCACGCCCUCACCUACGACGAAGAGUCCUGGAGGUCCACCUCCGAGGAGUCGUCCUCCAAGCCCCCGGAGGAGCUCUCCAGGUCCAGUGACACUCGCCAAAGUGCCACAAAACGUGUCAAAAACUACCUAAAAAAGUGUAAAAAUGCGCUGAAGUCGGGAAGCCACGAAGAGGUCGCCUCCACCUCUUCGUGGUACUUGGACGAGCUUAUCAAUGUGAGUGAGGUGAACGAGCUGGAGGAUAUUUACGAAGAUGUGCAAGUGGAUGUUGACAGUGGUGUUUAUCAAGUGGCUAGUGUUGUUGAUGUUGUUGAUAGAAAUGAGGAUGCUGGAGCACAAUCCUCUCCUCCUUUGACGGAAGAGCAAGGGAAGGUUGAUGGAGAUGUGGGUGAGGGGCAGAAACCAGCGGUCAAGAGCGAUGUGGCCACUUUGGUUGACAAGUAUUUCGGUAAUUUGUACGAGAAUUUUGAGCGUUCGAAGAAGUGUUUGGUGAGACAGGCGAGGGAUUUGCUCGUCUGCGAAUAUCAUGGAUGUUUACACAGAUUCGAGAAUGAAUUCUGCAUACAAGCUGCGAAAUUGUUGGAACGUGUUAAGGUGAGUGGAAGGGUUAAUAGCCGGUGGAUGGGAAAAAUAAUAGAACGAGAGUGUUGUUUGCAAACAAUCAGAAAAUGA